CCAGCAACUUGAAGUAAAGUCUUGACUGACACAAUGGGUCAGGUGAUUUUUAGCGUAGAGUUAUUGACAAAUUGAGAAUUCAGGAAAUUCAACGAGUUUAUCACAUUCAUGAUUUCUAACACUUGGCUUACAGUUUCAAAGCUGUAUCAAUAACUUCGAACAAUAAGAGGAAGCACUCAAGAAUUUCUAGAGCUCAAAAAUGGACUGGACUAAAAUCGACACUGGUCCAAGUUUGUUUGAUAAACAUUUCCAAUGGAACUGGACAGAAGUUUGCGGCACUGAUGGUUUCGAAGUCUGGGACACUAGUACAAACGACCUGGGAUCCUGUUUUACUAUACUUGGCAUACAAAUGCCCAGUCUACUUGUCUUCUCAUCCGUGUCUGCUUAUUUCUGUGGAAAACCAACAGCCAGAGUGAUCAGAACCUCAGGACAACUUUGGACGAUUUUGUUCCGAUGCAUUCUUGUCCUGCUCAUGGCUUUAUUACCCAUUGUAAAAAUUUGCCUGCUGACAGUCGAAGGGGACCGAAUUGGAGAACCACUAGACUACGUCAAGUACCUUCAGGCUGGUGCUCAAGCCAUCACGUGGUUUGUCCACCUAGGAAUGUGUCUAGUUUUGAGGACCCACCUGACCCUGUCCUGUCGAGGGCCUUCCGCAGCCAUCUUCUUCUGGGCACAGACAUUCCUGAGCGAUCUGCUGCUCUUCCGCUUCAGUCUGAUUCACCACGACCAAUCUAAGCUCGCCUCCAACAUUGAGUACAAUUUUGCAUUGUCCACUCUUGCCAUGCAGCUGCUCUACCUGACAACCCUGUUAUCCAGUAUGUGGGCUUCGGAAGGCGUUUCUGAAGCGCAGCGGGAAGCAUUGCUGAGCAGCAGUUUGUCUGGCCACUCGUACAGCCAAUUCCAAGAGGAUCAGGACCCGCAUUACUUGGGAGUGGCCACCGAAGGAGCGUCCAUCAUGUCCAAACUGUUUUUCCACUGGGUCACUCCGCUGAUGAAGAAAGGCGUCGAUCAAAAACUAACUGGCACGGAGGAGCUAUUCGACUUGCCGAUAAACGUUUCCACCAGGGUGGUUGGCCAGAAGUUUGAAAACACCUUGGAAGAAAGGGCGUUUGACACGAGGCCAAAGUCCUUGUUUAGAGCCUUGCACAAGUGCUUCGGCGUUCAAUUCUACGCCAUCGGCAUUCUCAAACUGCUGGCUGAUUUGGCCGGGUUUGCCAGUCCGUUGCUGCUCGGCGGCCUAGUCACUUUCAUUGAGGACAAAAAUGAAGAGAUCAGGACUGGCCUCUACUACGCUGCCGGAUUGUUUGCUGCAACAACCAUAGCCGCGUUCUGCAAUGCUCACUUUAACUAUCAGAUGUCAAUUGUCGGACUCAAAAUCAGGGCAUCCCUGGUCACAGUUGUGUACAACAAAAUUUUGAAGCCUAGUCUAUCAAGUUUGUCAGAGCUCAAUUAUGGUGCUAUUGUGAACUACAUGAGCACAGACACUGACCGCAUUGUAAACAGCUGUGCCAGUUUUCACGCUUUUUGGAGCAUCCCUGCACAAAUUGCUGUCACCCUGUAUCUGCUGUACUUGCAGGUGGGCCCUGCCUUCCUAGCAGGUCUGGCCUUUUCCAUCAUUCUGAUUCCCAUCAACAAAUGCAUCGCCUCAAAAAUUGGUCAGUUGAGUGAGAAAUUGAUGGCUUGCAAGGACGACAGAGUCAAGUGCAUGACUGAAGCAAUAUCGGGAAUCAGAGUACUCAAGUAUCAUGUCUGGGAGGAACAUUUUAUCAACAAAAUUAAGAAGCUUCGAAAUGAAGAGCUGAAGCAUCUGAAAGGCCGAAAGUAUCUUGAUGCACUUUGCGUAUACUUCUGGGCUACGACGCCUGUAUUAAUAUCAAUUCUCACCUUUACCACCUACGCUCUUAUGGGAAACAAACUCACUGCAGCAAAAGUAUUCACAACCAUCGCCUUGCUCAACAUGUUGAUUGCGCCUCUCAACGCCUUCCCUUGGGUAUUGAAUGGUCUAACGGAAGCUUGGGUUUCAAUCAAAAGAGUUCAGAGACUUUUGCUGAUUCCAGAUGUCGACCUUGCAAGUUUCUAUGCUUCGUACAAUGAUUUUGAGUCUCAAAGAACGGACGUGACUGUUAUUGGUGCACAUUUUGAGUGGGGAAACUCUGCUGAAGAUGAAUCCGCUCCUCUCAUUCAGUCAAAAUUCUCUCUUCAAAAUAUCAACAUUGAAUUAUUCCCUGGCCAACUAGUAGCUGUGAUUGGACGCGUUGGCAGUGGGAAAUCGUCAAUAUUGGCAAGUCUCUUGGCAGAGACAGGAAAAACGUCUGGAUCUGUUUUCAUGUCAGACCUUGAAGAUGGAUUUGGUUAUGUUGCACAGCAGCCUUGGUUGCAGAGAGGAUCUAUCAGAGAUAAUAUCCUGUUUGGGAAAGCUUUUGUUCGAUCCCGAUACAAUGAAGUCCUCGAAGCUUGCUGUCUUGUUGACGACCUCCAGCAGCUGAAUGGAGGGGAUUUAGCAACUGUUGGAGAGAGUGGCUCAACGCUGAGCGGUGGACAAAGAGCGAGGAUUGCCCUUGCAAGAGCUGUUUACCAGGAUAAACUCAUUUACCUACUGGAUGACAUCUUGUCUGCCGUUGAUUUAGUAGUUGCCAGACAUAUUUUCUCCAAAUGCAUCGCUGGAAUUCUUAAGGACAAAACUAGACUUCUUUGCACACACAACAGAAAUUUCUUGCAAAAUGUUGACUGGAUCAUAGUUGUAGAGAACGGAUGCAUUAAAGCACAAGGCCAUCCAACUGAUAUUCUGAAAUCCUUUGGUGAACUGAUUGAUGAACCUGAGCCAACAAGUGAGACUGUUAAACUAGGAGCUGAAGAAACUAAAUUAGAAGAAUCUCUGCUUUUUGGGAAUGAUGAAGUACCAGAAGAAGUUGAAAAAGAAGAGCAAGAGACUGGGGACAUACAAUUUUCUGUGAUUUCUGAUUACUGGCAUGCGCUCGGCCACAUUACUGCCAUUGCAAUUCUGAUCUCCUUGGUUCUGAUGCAGUCAAGCAGGAAUUUGUCUGACUGGUGGCUCAGCUACUGGGUGACCCACGCCAGUCAAAACUCAACAGCUGUCUUUUUCUACUUAAAAGACAGCAGCUCGUUUGAUUGGUUUGAGUCAAAAGCAAUCUCUGUGGAAGAGGUCACCUUCUACUUAACCGUCUACGGAUUCCUGGCAGGCCUCAAUACGGUUUUUACACUAUGCAGAGCGUUCUUGUUUGCUUUUGGGGGCAUCAAAGCUGCAUCAACUUUGCACAACAAACUACUGAAGGUGGUUUUGAGGAGCAAAGUGUCCUUCUUUGAUGUCACUCCUGCUGGUAGAAUCAUAAACCGCUUUUCGUCAGACACCUACACAAUUGAUGACUCCUUGCCAUUCAUAUUAAACAUACUGCUAGCAAACUUUUUCGGGCUCAUUGGAUCACUGAUCGUUACAACGUAUGGUCUGCCUUGGUUGGCGUUCGUGCUGGUGCCUUUGCUGCCUCUCUACAGGUGGCUGCAGUAUUACUAUCGACUCACCUCUAGGGAACUUAAGCGUAUUGGAAGCGUGGCUCUCUCGCCCGUGUACAACCAUUUCAACGAAACACUGAAUGGCUUGACCACCAUUAAAGCUUUCAGAGCUUCAAAGAGGUUUUCCCAGGCAAAUGAGGUAUAUCUAGAGAACAGUCAAAAAGCCCAAUUUGCUGGCUUGGUUGCGAGUCAGUGGCUGGGCUUGCGUUUGCAGUUCUUUGGAGUGACGAUUGUGGGCAGCGUCGGCCUGAUUGCUGUCAUCCAACACCAUUAUGGCUACGGAGUCGAUCCAGGCUUAGUCGGCCUUGCCAUAACUUACGCACUGACAAUGACUAGUCUUUUGAAUGGAGUGAUCAACACCUUUACCGAAACGGAGAAAGAAAUGAUUGCCGUAGAAAGAACGCAGCAGUACAUCAGGCGGAUUGAGCCCGAAGCGGAGGUGCCAGUCCUUAACUACCCCAACUAUCCCUGGCCUAGUCAAGGAGUGGUCAGGUUUCGUUCAGUUGUUUUCAAGCACAGGACCAACGUUCCGCAAAGCUUGAAAGGAGUGACUUUUGAAACGUACCCAGCUGAAAAGAUUGGCAUCGUAGGCCGAACUGGAGCUGGCAAGAGCAGUUUGUUUGCUUCUUUAUUCAGGAUCAAUGAACUGGAGUAUGGAGAAAUUUCUGUUGAUGGCAUCAACAUAGCUGAGUUAGGAUUAAAAACCCUGAGAUCUCGCCUGUCAAUCAUCCCGCAGGAGCCAUUUUUGUUCUCUGGCUCCCUAAGAGAAAACAUUGACCCUCUUGGAGAGUAUAGCACGCCAGAAAUUUGGAGCGCUAUUCGCAAAUGCCAUUUGGAGGACGUGGCUUUCCGCACUGGAAGCAUCGAUUUUAAUAUAGGAGAAAGUGGACAAAUGCUCUCUGUAGGCCAGAAACAAUUAGUUUGUCUUGCCAGAGCAGUUCUGCACAAUGCCAAGGUUCUCUGCAUUGACGAAGCUACUGCCAACGUAGACAACGAGACUGAUCAAUACAUUCAGACUAUUAUUAGAGAGUCGUUUUACCAUAGCACUGUGUUAACCAUUGCACAUAGGAUCAACACUGUUCUAGACUGUGAUAGAGUUUUGGUAAUGGGAGAUGGAGUAGUCCUAGAGUUUGAUACUCCUGACGCUCUGCUUCAAAAUCCUGACUCCCACCUUCAUCGACUGAUGCAUGAUAAUUAGCUUGUA